UGCAUGUUGGUAAGACCACAGCUAGAAGAGCAAGAGCUAAAAUUUUGAAUGAAAUUAUGGGUGAUCAUGUUAAGGAGUUUGGGAGAAUUCUUGAUUAUAAGGAUGAGUUGUUAAGGUCUAAUCCUGGGAGUACUUGUGUGGUGAAGCUUGGUGAAGCUAAUGAAGAUGGUAGGGUAGUAUUUGAGGCAUUUUACAUCUGUUUUGCUGCACUCAAGAUGGCAUUCAUGUCAGCUAGAAAAUGCAUUGGUUUGGAUGGUUGUUUCUUGAAGGGGGUAUGCAGGGGUCAAUUACUUAUUGCAGUGGCCAAAGAUGGCAAUAAUCAAAUGCUUCCACUUGCUUGGGCUGUAGUUGAAAAUGAGAACACAAAUAGUUGGAGUUGGUUUAUUUCUCUGUUGCAAGAAGAUUUAGGAUUAGGAGAUGGAACAAAUUUCACCAUUAUGUCAGACAUGCAAAAGGGACUGGAUAUAGCUAUUAAGGAGUUAUUGCCAGCUUGUGAGGAAAGAAGGUGUGCUAGACAUAUACUAGCAAAUUGGUCACAUAAUUGGAAAGGGCUGCAAAGGAAGAAACUGUUCUGGAAGUGUGCUAGAAGUACUUUUGAAGCUGAAUUCAGAGAAAAUUUGGAAGAGCUGUCUAAACUAGGUACGGGUAUAGUGGAUGAUCUAAUUUACUAUGAUAAAGAAUAUUGGUGCAAAGUGUAUUUUAAUUGUGAAGUUAAGUCUGAUGCAAUAGAUAAUAAUAUGUGUGAGAGCUUUAAUGCUUGGAUUUUGUCUGCAAGGCAUAAAACCAUUAUUAGUAUGCUUGAAGAGAUAAGGACUAAGGUCAUGACUAGGUUAGCUAGGUUAAGUGAAUUUCCAAACUCUUGGAUAACCAACUUCUCUCCAAUGGCAAUGAAAGUAUUAGAAGAAAAUAUUGAUAAGUCAAUGGCAUGUAACAUUGAGUUUAAUGGAGUAACUGGAUAUGAGGUUUUAGAUGGAUACAAACAACACACUAGAGGUACUUGA